UUUAUAAGUUUUGAAUUGAUAGAUAGGAAUUCGCUGAAAAAAAUGUGAUAUAUUUUAGAUAUCACACGACACCACCGAAAAAAAGAAAAUGAGAACAACAAUAACUGUCAGCCUAUAUUCUUCGAUUGGAAGCGGCAAAUAUCCAAAAUAGAUAAUGCGCUCAAGCUAUACUCACUCCGUGAAGAAAUGUGUUCGUUCUUAAAUAAAGACUGGUCAGCGUUUCCACAAAUGGUGUAUGCCUCGGCUAGAUUGCUUGCUUGCAUGAUAUUACUGGACACGGACUCAGGUCGAAGUAUUGUUGUGAACUGCAUAGAAGUGUACAGUCGUCAUCGCGCAAUUGAUACUGUGAAUCAUUCCAAAUACGAAAAGGUGUGGUUCCAACAACGUCUCUUCCACCAAUAAACAGCUGUUAUCGCCAUGUGUGGCCCACAACUGUAACCGCCAGUGACGGACAAAAGUUGCUGGUUGAUACCAGAACCUUCAACGCCUUGGUUACUUCAAGCAUACGUCUCGACAAUGGUCCCACAACAUCAGCGUUCGUGUUAAACACUAAGGAAAAAUCACUUUCGACUGAAAUUUAUAUCAAGAAGAGUGCUUGGAAGAAGCGAGCUUCAUUGCCCAGAAUGACG